AUGGUGUCUGGCCGGUUGGUUGAAGACCUAACAAACUGCUACCGUAGUGCCGUAGACGAGUACAGCCAGCGACGUGCACGGGUGGGAGGACUGCAGAUAUGUUCACUACAUUCAGCAGUUGCUUCCCCUACUGACAACACGCCUUGCCAGCGUGUCAGUAUAUGGCAAAAAACCCUCAUGACAAUUAUGGAAAGACAACUUAAAGGAGGCCGUAAAGCCCAUGGCCAUAACGGGCGCAACACUCAGAGUUGCAAAUUGACCAGUAAACGCAUUGAAGAGGAUUCUUUUGAUGAAGUUUUACAGUCAAAGCCAAAUGGAAGCUGUAAGAUGGAGGGAUGCAAUAAAACUGGCCAAAAAUCUGAACUAAAUAUUUGUACAUACAAUGUUAGAACCUUGAGAACCGAGGAAAGUUUAGAAAGUUUGUUGGAUGAACUAGAGGGAUUCAAAUGGGACGUCAUCGGGCUUGCUGAAACGAAGAGACAAGGAGAAGGAUUGACAGAACUUAAAGGAGGCACAUGGCUCUACAACAGGGGAAAAACAGAUGAUGACAAAAAUGCAAAAGGAAUUGGAUUUCUAAUCCAUAACAAACUUAAGGACUAUGUGAAAGGAGUUAAAAGCUAUUCAAACAGGGUAGCAGCCAUGAAAAUACAACUGACGGGAAAGGAUGAAAUGUGCAUCAUACAAGUUUAUGCACCCACAAGUGAUUAUGAUGAUAUAACAGUGGAGGAAUUCUAUGAAGAUAUCAAUAAGGCCAUUACAGACAAUUCGGGUACCUACACAGUACUUAUGGGUGACUUCAACGCGAAGAUCGGACAACGUGAACAAGGGGAAGAAAAUACCAUGGGAUCAUUCAGCUACGGAGAAAGAAACAGGAGAGGUGAAAGGAUGAUAGAAUUUGCAAUGGAACAUAAACUUAAAGUGACCAAUACAUACUUUAAGAAACACAAGAGUCGUUACUGGACCUGGGAGAGUCCAAAUGGAGUUACUAAAAACCAGAUAGAUUUCAUACUUAGUAACCAGCGAGGGAUAGUCAAGAACUGUGAAGUCAUCACCAAUGUAGAUAUUGCAAGUGAUCAUAGAAUGGUCAGAGUCAAUAUCAGCAUCAACAAGAAACUAGCCAGGCUUAGAUUCAUUCAAAAUAAUAGGAAGACACGGAUUAGCAUCAUGAAGCUGAAGGAAAAGAAAGAAGAAUUCCAACUAAAGCUUCACAACCGAUUUGAUGGAUUAGAGUUGGAGGAUAUGGAUAUUGAUGAGCGAUGUGAUAUGGUGACAUCAGCAAUGCUAGAAGAAGCCAAAUCUGUAGCCCCAACUGAGAAAAGAAAGAUAAUCUUCACCAAAGUAAUCCAAAAUAGAAUCAAAGAUAUAUUGGACACAAAUCAACCCAGAGAACAAGCAGGGUUUAGAGCUGGAUUCUCAACAACAGACCACCUACAGGCUAUAAAUCAACUCAUUGAGAAGGCAAACGAGUACCAACUUCAACUAUGCCUCGGAUUCGUAGACUACCAGAAGGCGUUUGAUUCCAUCGAACACACAGACAUGUUUAAUGCCCUACGAAAGAUUAACAUUGAAGAAGGGUAUGUGCGCAUCCUGGAAGAUAUUUACACCAACGCAGUAGCCAGAAUUCACAUAGAUAAUGACGUAUCAAGGGAGGUCAAGAUCCAGAGGGGAGUCCGACAAGGAGACACAUUAUCUCCAAAGAUAUUCACAGCCACUAUAGAGGAAGUAUUUAAAAAGUCGCAUUUAAAUGGAGGAAUAAAUAUUGAUGGGGAAACACUUAACGAUCUAAGAUUCGCUGAUGAUGUGGCCUUGAUCUCAACAUCAACCAAAGACUUGGAAGACCAGCUGACAGGUCUCAACAGGGAGAGCAAACGUCCGUAA